GCUCCGAGCGCCCCCCUCCUCGCUCCGCGGCUCCUCCAGCCCUCCCCUCCUCCCGCAGCCAUGUUCCACGCGCGGGGAGGGGUGGGGGGAGGGGAGAGGCACGGGAGAUCAGGGCGGAGAGAGCCGGCUUUGCCUCGGGGAAGGAGGGGAUGAGAGUUGGGGGGAGCAGCGGGAGGAGGCGGCAGCGGCGGCUAGCGAGGAGACAGAGCUGGGUCCUGCAGUAGGACUCCCGGGAGCCACCAUCAUGGUGAAAAGGAAGAGCUCCGAGGGCCAGGAGCAAGACGGCGGCCGCGGCAUCCCCCUGCCCAUCCAGACCUUCCUGUGGCGGCAAACCAGUGCAUUUUUGAGGCCCAAACUGGGGAAGCAAUAUGAAGCUUCUUGUGUGUCCUUUGAGCGAGUGUUGGUAGAAAACAAGCUGCAUGGCCUCUCUCCAGCUCUCUCUGAAGCCAUCCAGAGCAUUUCCAGAUGGGAACUGGUGCAAGCUGCUUUGCCUCAUGUCCUCCACUGCACUGCAACCCUGCUUUCAAACCGAAACAAGCUAGGCCACCAGGAUAAAUUGGGUGUUGCUGAGACAAAGCUCCUUCACACUCUACACUGGAUGCUUCUGGAGGCCCCCCAGGACUGCAACAAUGAGCGGUUUGGGGGUACAGACCGAGGCUCCAGCUGGGGUGGAAGCAGCAGUGCUUUCAUCCACCAGAUUGAAAACCAGGGUUCUCCAGGGCAGCCUUGCCAAAGCAGCUCUAAUGACGAAGAAGAGAACAACCGAAGAAAGAUCUUCCAGAACUCCAUGGCUACUGUGGAGCUCUUCGUGUUUCUGUUUGCUCCCCUGGUACACAGGAUCAAGGAAUCUGACCUCACCUUCCGUCUGGCCAGUGGGCUUGUUAUAUGGCAGCCCAUGUGGGAACACAGACAGCCCGAAGUCUCUGGCUUUACCGCACUGGUGAAGCCCAUCAGGAACAUCAUUACAGCUAAGAGAAGUUCUCCUAUCAACAGUCAAAGCCGGACCUGUGAAUCACCAAAUCAAGAAGCAAGACACUUAGAGGGACUCCAAGUGGUUUGCGAAACAUUCCAGUCUGAUUCCAUCUCACCCAAGGCCACCAUUUCAGGCUGUCACCGAGGAAACUCCUUUGAUGGAAGUCUGUCCUCCCAAACUUCCCAGGAAAGAGGCCCAUCACAUUCCAGGGCCUCUCUUGUGAUACCUCCAUGCCAAAGGUCCCGCUAUGCCACUUACUUUGAUGUUGCUGUUCUGCGCUGCCUACUUCAGCCCCAUUGGUCUGAGGAAGGCACUCAAUGGUCUCUGAUGUACUAUCUACAAAGGCUGCGACACAUGUUGGAAGAGAAGCCAGAAAAGCCUCCGGAGCCAGAUAUUCCUCUCCUGCCCAGACCCAGGAGUAGCUCAAUGGUAGCGGCAGCUCCCUCACUAGUGAACACCCACAAAACCCAAGAUCUCACCAUGAAGUGUAACGAGGAGGAAAAAUCUCUUAGUUCUGAGGCCUUUUCCAAGGUUUCACUGACCAAUCUGCGUAGAUCUGCAGUCCCAGAUCUUUCUUCAGACCUGGGCAUGAAUAUUUUUAAAAAGUUCAAGAGCCGCAAAGAAGACCGAGAGAGGAAAGGCUCCAUUCCAUUCCACCACACAGGCAAGAGGAGGCCACGGAGAAUGGGAGUGCCCUUCCUGCUUCACGAGGACCACCUGGAUGUGUCCCCCACGCGCAGCACAUUCUCCUUUGGAAGUUUCUCUGGGCUGGGAGAAGACAGGCGAGGAAUUGAGAAAGGAGGCUGGCAAACCACCAUUUUAGGGAAAUUGACCCGGCGAGGCAGUUCAGAUGCAGCCACUGAGAUGGAGAGUCUGAGCGCCAGGCAUUCCCACUCCCAUCACACCCUGGUAAGCGACCUGCCGGACCCCUCCAACAGCCAUGGAGAAAACACCGUCAAGGAAGUGCGAUCUCAGAUCUCCACCAUCACAGUUGCAACCUUCAAUACCACUUUGGCGUCAUUCAACGUAGGCUACGCAGACUUUUUCAAUGAGCAUAUGAGGAAACUCUGCAACCAGGUGCCUAUCCCGGAGAUGCCACAUGAACCUCUGGCAUGUGCUAACCUACCUCGAAGCCUCACAGACUCCUGCAUAAACUACAGCUACCUAGAGGACACAGAACAUAUUGACGGGACCAAUAACUUUGUCCACAAGAAUGGAAUGCUUGAUCUUUCUGUAGUUCUGAAGGCUGUUUAUCUUGUCCUUAAUCAUGACAUCAGCUCUCGUAUCUGUGACGUGGCGCUAAACAUUGUGGAAUGCUUGCUUCAACUUGGUGUGGUGCCCUGUGUAGAAAAGAAUAGAAAGAAGAGUGAAAACAAGGAAAAUGAGACUUUGGAAAAGAGGCCAAGUGAGGGAGCUUUCCAGUUCAAAGGAGUAUCUGGAAGUUCCACCUGUGGAUUUGGAGGCCCUGCUGUUAGUGGAGCUGGAGAUGGUGGAGGAGAAGAAGGAGGAGGUGGAGAUGGAGGAGGUGGAGGAGGUGAUGGAGGAGGAAGUGGAGGAGGUGGAGGCGGCCCUUAUGAGAAGAAUGAUAAGAACCAAGAGAAGGAUGAAAGUACACCUGUAAGCAACCAUAGGCUUGCUCUAACAAUGCUCAUCAAAAUAGUGAAGUCUUUGGGAUGUGCCUAUGGUUGUGGAGAAGGACACCGAGGGCUCUCUGGAGAUCGUCUGAGACACCAGGUAUUCCGAGAGAAUGCCCAGAACUGCCUUACUAAGCUAUACAAGCUAGAUAAGAUGCAAUUCCGACAAACCAUGAGGGACUAUGUGAACAAGGACUCUCUCAAUAAUGUAGUGGACUUCUUGCAUGCUUUGCUAGGAUUUUGUAUGGAGCCGGUCACUGACAACAAGGCUGGGUUUGGAAAUAACUUCACCACAGUGGACAACAAAUCCACAGCCCAAAAUGUGGAAGGCAUUAUCGUCAGCGCCAUGUUUAAAUCCCUCAUCACACGCUGCGCUUCAACCACACAUGAAUUGCACAGCCCUGAGAAUCUGGGACUGUAUUGUGACAUUCGUCAGCUGGUCCAGUUUAUCAAAGAGGCUCAUGGGAAUGUCUUCAGGAGAGUGGCCCUCAGUGCUCUGCUUGACAGUGCCGAGAAGUUAGCACCAGGGAAAAAGGUGGAGGAGAAUGAACAGGAAUCUAAGCCUGCGGGCAGUAAAAGGUCAGAGGCGGGAAGCAUUGUGGAUAAAGGCCAGGUAUCCUCUGCACCUGAGGAAUGUCGCAGCUUCAUGUCCGGUCGCCCCUCACAGACUCCAGAGCACGAUGAGCAAAUGCAAGGAGCCAACCUGGGGCGGAAAGAUUUCUGGCGUAAGAUGUUCAAGUCCCAGAGUGCAGCAAGUGACACCAGCAGCCAGUCUGAGCAGGACACUUCAGAAUGCACAACUGCCCACUCAGGGACCACCUCUGACCGACGUGCCCGUUCACGAUCCCGCAGAAUUUCCCUCCGGAAGAAGCUUAAACUCCCCAUAGGGAACUGGCUGAAAAGAUCAUCCCUCUCAGGCCUGGCAGAUGGUGUGGAGGACCUCCUGGACAUUAGCUCUGUGGACCGACUCUCUUUCAUCAGGCAAAGCUCCAAGGUCAAAUUCACUAGUGCUGUGAAGCUUUCUGAAAGUGGGCCAGGAAGUGGCAUGGAAAAUGGAAGAGAUGAAGAGGAGAAUUUCUUCAAGCGUCUUGGUUGCCACAGUUUUGAUGAUCAUCUCUCUCCCAACCAAGAUGGUGGAAAAAGCAAAAACGUGGUGAAUCUUGGAGCAAUCCGACAAGGCAUGAAACGCUUCCAAUUUCUGUUAAACUGCUGUGAGCCAGGGACAAUUCCUGAUGCCUCCAUCCUAGCAGCUGCCUUGGAUCUAGAAGCCCCUGUGGUGGCCAGAGCAGCCUUGUUCCUGGAAUGUGCUCGUUUUGUUCACCGCUGCAACCGUGGCAACUGGCCAGAGUGGAUGAAAGGGCACCACGUGAACAUCACCAAGAAAGGCCUUUCCCGGGGACGCUCUCCCAUUGUGGGCAACAAGCGAAACCAGAAGCUGCAGUGGAAUGCGGCCAAGCUCUUCUACCAAUGGGGAGACGCAAUUGGCGUCCGAUUGAAUGAGCUGUGCCACGGGGAAAGUGAAAGCCCAGCCAACCUGCUGGGUCUCAUUUACGAUGAAGAGACCAAGAGGAGACUUAGAAAGGAGGAUGAGGAGGAAGACUUUUUAGAUGACAGUACUGUGAACCCCUCUAAAUGCGGUUGCCCCUUUGCCUUGAAGAUGGCAGCAUGUCAGCUUCUUCUGGAGAUUACCACCUUCCUGCGAGAGACCUUUUCUUGCCUGCCCAGACCUCGCACUGAGCCUCUGGUGGACUUGGAGAGCUGCAGACUUCGUUUGGAUCCCGAGUUGGACCGGCACAGAUAUGAGAGGAAGAUCAGCUUUGCUGGGGUCCUGGACGAAAAUGAAGACUCAAAAGAUUCUCUUCACAGCAGCAGCCACACUCUCAAAUCAGAUACAGGAGUCGAGGAGAAGAAAGUUCCCAGCAGGAAGAUCAGGAUAGGAGGUUCUCGCCUGCUCCAGAUUAAAGGAACCCGCAGUUUCCAGGUGAAGAAGGGGGGUUCCUUGUCCAGCAUUCGCCGGGUCGGCAGCUUAAAGAGCAGCAAGUUAUCACGGCAGGACUCAGAGUCUGAGGCUGAGGAGCUGCAGCUGUCCCAGAGCAGGGACACUGUCACUGACCUAGAAGGGAGUCCUUGGAGUGCAAGCGAGCCCAGCAUUGAGCCAGAGGGAAUGAGUAAUGCCGGCGCGGAGGAGAAUUACCACAGAAACAUGUCGUGGCUUCAUGUGAUGAUCUUGCUGUGCAAUCAGCAGAGUUUCAUCUGCACUCACAUUGACUACUGCCAUCCCCACUGCUACCUGCACCACAGCCGCUCCUGUGCCCGACUGGUCAGAGCCAUCAAGCUACUCUAUGGAGACAGUGUGGACUCCCUGAGGGAAAGCAGCAACAUCAGCAGUGUGGCUCUCCGGGGCAAGAAACAGAAAGAAUGCUCAGAUAAGUCAUGCCUGAGGACACCUUCUCUAAAGAAGAGAGUUUCAGAUGCCAAUCUGGAAGGAAAAAAAGAUUCCGGAAUGCUGAAGUACAUCAGACUUCAGGUGAUGAGCUUGUCGCCUGCUCCCUUAUCUCUGUUAAUCAAGGCAGCACCAAUUCUGACAGAGGAGAUGUACGGAGACAUCCAGCCAGCUGCCUGGGAGCUCCUGCUCAGCAUGGAUGAGCACAUGGCAGGGGCAGCAGCUGCCAUGUUCCUGCUGUGUGCAGUGAAGGUGCCUGAGGCUGUGUCCGACAUGCUGAUGUCAGAGUUCCACCACCCGGAGACCGUGCAGAGGCUGAACGCUGUCCUCAAGUUCCACACGCUCUGGAGGUUUCGCUAUCAGGUCUGGCCCCGGAUGGAGGAAGGGGCACAGCAGAUUUUUAAGAUUCCGCCUCCCAGUAUCAAUUUCACCCUUCCCUCGCCGGUGCUUGGAAUGCCAUCUGUCCCAAUGUUUGACCCACCGUGGGUUCCUCAGUGCAGCGGGAGUGUCCAGGACCCCAUUAACGAAGACCAGUCUAAAUCCUUUUCAGCCCGGGCUGUGUCCCGCUCCCAUCAAAGGGCAGAACACAUCUUAAAGAACUUGCAGCAGGAGGAAGAAAAGAAACGACUUGGUAGAGAAGCCAGCCUCAUCACCGCCAUCCCCAUCACCCAGGAGGCUUGCUAUGAGCCCACAUGCACGCCCAACUCAGAGCCGGAAGAAGAAGUAGAAGAAGUCACCAAUCUGGCAUCCCGUCGACUGUCUGUGAGUCCAUCCUGCACCUCCAGCACUUCCCACAGGAAUUAUUCCUUCCGCCGCGGGUCAGUCUGGUCAGUGCGUUCAGCCGUCAGUGCUGAAGAUGAGGAACAUACCACUGAACACACGCCAAACCACCAUGUGCCUCAGCCCCCACAAGCAGUGUUCCCAGCAUGCAUCUGUGCAGCAGUACUUCCCAUUGUUCAUCUGAUGGAGGAUGGUGAGGUGCGGGAAGAUGGAGUAGCAGUGAGUGCUGUGGCUCAACAAGUCUUAUGGAACUGUCUAAUUGAAGAUCCAUCGACGGUUCUUCGACAUUUUCUGGAAAAACUGACCAUCAGCAAUAGACAAGAUGAGUUAAUGUACAUGCUGCGCAAACUUCUCUUGAAUAUUGGAGACUUUCCUGCUCAGACAUCUCAUAUCCUAUUCAACUAUUUGGUAGGAUUAAUCAUGUACUUUGUGCGAACCCCCUGCGAGUGGGGGAUGGAUGCCAUUUCAGCCACUCUGACAUUCCUGUGGGAGGUGGUGGGUUACGUGGAGGGCCUCUUCUUCAAGGAUCUCAAGCAGACGAUGAAGAAGGAGCAGUGCGAGGUGAAGCUCCUGGUGACCGCUUCAAUGCCAGGUACUAAAACCUUGGUAGUUCACGGACAGAAUGAGUGCGAUAUCCCAACCCAGUUACCAGUCCAUGAAGACACUCAAUUUGAAGCCCUGUUGAAGGAGUGUCUGGAGUUUUUUAAUAUCCCAGAAUCCCAGUCAACACAUUAUUUUCUUAUGGAUAAACGAUGGAACCUUAUCCACUACAAUAAGACCUAUGUUCGCGAUAUUUAUCCUUUCCGGAGGUCAGUAUCUCCCCAGCUGAACCUUGUACAUAUGCAUCCAGAGAAGGGACAGGAGCUCAUUCAGAAACAGGUGUUCACCCGCAAGCUGGAAGAAGUAGGGCGGGUAUUGUUUCUCAUCUCCCUGACCCAGAAGAUCCCCACAGCCCACAAACAGUCCCACGUCUCCAUGCUUCAGGAAGAUCUCCUCCGCCUGCCCUCAUUCCCUCGUAGUGCUAUUGAUGCUGAGUUUUCACUCUUCAGCGAUCCUCAAGCUGGAAAGGAACUGUUUGGCCUCGACACUCUUCAGAAAAGCUUGUGGAUCCAGCUGCUGGAGGAAAUGUUCCUGGGCAUGCCGAGCGAGUUUCCAUGGGGAGACGAAAUCAUGCUUUUCCUCAACGUUUUUAACGGGGCUCUGAUCCUCCACCCAGAAGACAGUGCCCUGCUCAGGCAGUACGCUGCCACUGUCAUCAACACCGCGGUGCACUUCAACCACCUCUUCUCUCUCAGCGGCUACCAGUGGAUUCUCCCCACCAUGCUGCAGGUGUACUCCGACUAUGAAAGCAAUCCCCAGCUGCGUCAAGCCAUCGAAUUUGCCUGUCACCAGUUCUAUAUUCUACACCGGAAGCCCUUUGUGCUCCAGCUGUUUGCUAGUGUGGCCCCUCUCCUGGAAUUUCCUGAUGCUGCCAAUAAUGGGCCCAGCAAAGGUGUGUCAGCUCAGUGCCUGUUUGACUUGCUGCAGUCCCUAGAGGGAGAGACCACCGACAUAUUAGACAUCUUAGAGCUGGUCAAAGCUGAGAAGCCUCUCAAGUCUUUAGAUUUCUGCUAUGGAAACGAAGAUCUGACAUUUUCUAUCAGUGAAGCCAUUAAGCUCUGUGUCACUGUGGUGGCGUAUGCUCCCGAAUCAUUCAGAAGUCUUCAGAUGCUGAUGGUCUUGGAAGCCCUAGUUCCAUGUUACCUACAAAAGCUAAAGAGGCAGACAUCACAGGUGGAGACAGUACCUGCUGCCCGAGAGGAGAUUGCGGCCACUGCUGCUCUUGCGACGUCCCUACAGGCCCUUUUAUACAGUGUAGAGGUCCUCACCAGGCCCAUGACAGCCCCACAGAUGAGCAGGUGUGACCAAGGCCAUAAGGGAACCACCACAGCCAAUCACACCAUGUCGUCUGGGGUGAACACCAGGUACCAGGAACAAGGAGCCAAACUGCACUUUAUCAGGGAAAACCUUCAUUUACUGGAGGAAGGGCAAGGCCUUCCCAGAGAGGAACUGGAUGAACGAAUUGCUCGGGAAGAGUUCAGAAGACCCCGGGAGUCCUUACUGAAUAUUUGCACAGAGUUCUAUAAGCACUGUGGGCCGCGGCUGAAGAUCUUGCAAAAUCUGGCUGGGGAGCCUCGGGUCACUGCCCUAGAACUGCUGGAUGUGAAGUCUCACAUGAGGUUGGCAGAAAUUGCACACUCCCUUCUGAAGCUGGCACCAUAUGACACUCAGACAAUGGAGAGUCGUGGGCUUCGGCGCUACAUCAUGGAGAUGCUACCCAUUACUGACUGGACAGCUGAGGCAGUGAGGCCAGCCCUCAUCCUCAUUUUAAAAAGAUUGGAUAGAAUGUUCAACAAAAUUCAUAAGAUGCCUACUUUGAGGAGACAGGUUGAGUGGGAGCCUGCCAGCAAUUUGAUUGAAGGGGUUUGUUUGACACUUCAGAGGCAGCCAAUCAUAUCCUUCCUGCCUCACCUUAGGUCACUGAUCAAUGUCUGUGUCAAUCUGGUGAUGGGAGUGGUAGGACCUUCCAGUGUUGCUGAUGGAUUACCCCUUCUUCAUCUCAGCCCUUAUCUCUCACCACCUCUGCCCUUCAGCACAGCUGUUGUCCGGCUUGUAGCAUUGCAGAUACAGGCUUUAAAAGAAGAUUUUCCUUUAAGCCAUGUGAUCUCCCCAUUCACCAAUCAAGAGCGAAGGGAGGGGAUGCUUUUAAAUCUACUCAUCCCAUUUGUGCUCACAGUAGGAUCUGGAAGCAAAGAUAGCCCAUGGCUGGAGCAGCCUGAGGUGCAGCUGCUGCUGCAGACAGUCAUCAAUGUGCUCCUCCCACCGCGGAUCAUCAGCACAUCCAGGAGUAAGAACUUCAUGUUAGAGAGCUCCCCAGCCCACUGCUCCACCCCUGGGGAUGCUGGGAAAGACUUGCGCAGGGAAGGGCUGGCUGAGUCCACCAGCCAAGCAGCAUACUUGGCGCUGAAGGUGAUUCUCGUCUGCUUUGAGAGGCAGCUCGGAAGCCAGUGGUACUGGCUGAGCCUCCAGGUGAAGGAGAUGGCUCUGCGGAAGGUGGGAGGCCUGGCCCUUUGGGAUUUCCUUGACUUCAUCGUGCGGACCCGAAUACCCAUCUUUGUGCUUUUGCGCCCUUUCAUCCAGUGCAAGCUGCUGGCCCAACCAGCAGAGAAUCAUGAAGAGCUUUCCGCCCGGCAACAUAUUGCCGACCAGCUGGAGCGGCGCUUCAUACCACGCCCUUUGUGUAAGAGCUCGCUCAUUGCUGAGUUCAACAGUGAACUAAAAAUUCUAAAAGAGGCAGUUCAUAGUGGAUCAGCCUACCAAGGCAAGACAUCCAUCAGUACCGUGGGCACCUCCACCUCUGCUUACCGCCUGAGCUUGGCCACCAUGUCCCGCUCUAACACAGGCACAGGCACUGUCUGGGAGCAGGACAGUGAGCCAUCCCAGCAGGCUUCGCAGGACACCCUGAGUCGGACUGAUGAGGAAGAUGAGGAAAAUGACUCUAUAAGCAUGCCCAGCGUGGUAAGUGAACAAGAAGCUUACCUCCUGAGUGCCAUUGGAAGGAGGCGAUUCUCCAGCCAUGUCUCCAGCAUGUCUGCACCUCAGGCUGAGGUGGGCAUGCUACCCAGCCAGAGUGAACCUAAUGUCCUCGAUGACUCCCAGGGCCUGGCCGCCGAGGGCAGCCUUUCUAGGGUGGCAAGUAUACAGAGUGAACCUGGUCAACAGAACCUCCUCGUUCAGCAGCCGCUGGGGAGGAAGAGGGGCCUGAGGCAGCUAAGACGUCCUCUACUAUCACGUCAGAAAACUCAGACUGAACCCAGAAAUCGCCAAGGGGCUCGGCUGUCAACCACUCGCAGGAGCAUUCAACCUAAAACGAAGCCGUCUGCGGAUCAGAAACGAUCUGUGACCUUCAUUGAGGCUCAGCCAGAGCCAGCAGCUGCUCCAACAGAUGUGCUUCCUGCAACAGGCCAACUACAGGGCUGCAGCCCAGCCCCUUCUAGGAAACCAGGAGCAAUGGACGAACCAGUCCUCACAUCUUCUCCCGCCAUAGUUGUUGCGGAUCUCCACAGCCUGUCUCCCAAGCAGAGUGAGAAAUUCCCCACUGAAGAAGGAGAAAAGAAGGAGGACACAGAAGCACAAGGUGCUACUGCACACAGUCCACUCUCUACCCAACUCUCUGCCCCUGAUGACUUCACGGGCCUUGAGACAUCCAGCCUCCUACAGCAUGGAGACACUGUCCUUCACAUCAGUGAGGAAAAUGGCAUGGAGAACCCGCUACUAUCUAGCCAGUUCACCUUUACUCCCACUGAGCUGGGGAAAACGGAUGCAGUAUUAGAUGAGUCUCAUGUUUAAUUCUGUAUCUUGUAAGCUCUGCAGGUAUAGAGAAGACAUGAAAGUGAUCUCUCUACUACAAGUUCAAUACUUUUGCUUGAAAAAGAUUAAUUACAAAAUAGCACUUUACUUCUAAUGGGUGGCACAAAUCUGAAUAGGUUUUGCUGCCAAUAUAACAUGAUGUUUCAUAAACAUCUUAAAAGUCAAUGGCUAAAAGGAUUUAGUUAUGUGAAAAUCAUAAAACCAGGGAGGAAUAAGGGGAAAGAGCCAUUUCACUGCACAUUGUUUAUGAUUCAAGAAGCCUUCAGCAGUUAAAAAUAUAUACUAUUCAGUGCUGCUUUCAUAGAAAUAUUAACAAAUCAUAUGAUCUAAAAAUAGAAUGCAAUUUUUUGAGAUUACUCACAUUAUACAUCUCAUGCAAAUAUUUAUUUUUAUAGUUUAAAAAAUAUCAAUUCAGGUUGGCUAUACAAGUAGCAAUUUACAUAAAAAAAUAAUUAAUGGGAAAAAUAUUACUUUGGGGAGACUAACAAAUAAGCCUGCAGCCAUUUUUGUUUUGAUUAACAAUACAGCCAUUUAGAAGAAGAAAAAAACACUAUAUAGAGAGCUGUGGACUCUUAGAUAUUUAUUUUUCAACUAUCAUUUUCAUUGCAUGUUGUAAAUCAAAAUGCAGAUGGCAUAAGAUCAUCCCAUUUCAUAAUCUAUCACAUUAGAAUAUUAAAGAAUAUUCUAGAAAUCAUCAGAAAUAAUUCUGAAUUAAGAACCUAAACAGCCUAUACAAUUAUAAAAACUAAAUGUAAAUAUAAUCACUUAAAAGAGAUGGUAUUCCUAUUCCUAGCCCUGACUACAUCAAUACCAAGAUUAGGAGAUAUUGGAAAAUGUGAUUAGUAAUGCUUUUCCUUAUAGUAUCCUGUGCCUGCCCUGGAGGGCAUAUUUUCAGAUAUUAAGGUUAGUGUUGUUAGAAUCGGCUUAAUAAAAUAACAUUUUCCUAAUAGAAACAAUAUUCUUAUGAUACUUGGAACAUCUAAGUUUAUAAGGAAAAAUGUAUAAAGUAAGCAAUUUCUUCAUAGACACCUCCAGUUUAUAUAUUUUACAAAAAGGCCUUUAACUUGAAGUUCAGUUACUUCAAGAAAAGUGUAACACUUAGAAGGCUUGUGAGGCCAACACCUAGUGUGUUACUGAUCCUAUAGUAGGGCUGUGCAUCAUGUGGUUCACAAUUGAAUUUCAAAAUUUUAACAGUUUACAUUAGAAAACUGUCACCUAACAGCUAAGCAUAUACAAACUCAUAUACAUACUUAAAUUGGUACGGUGGUGUAUGUGUGCGUGCGUGUGUGUGUGUAUGUGUUGUAGUCCUCAAGAUGAAGUUAAACAUAGACUUUGGUUACCCUGCAAUGAAUUUAAAACACAUUCUGUAUGCUUAAACUUUGAGUGUGUUGGCUGUGAAAUGUAUACGUAUAUAAAGAGGAUACCUACUAAACCCACCUUAAUCAUAAAGGAAAAUUAUUUUUUGUUAGAAUUGCUUAUUAAAUAGGCAUACUUUAUACUGUGGUUUAUAAUUUCAAAUAUAAUUUGGGGUUAUGGUCGUAUUCACUAAGAGAAUGAAAGAUAUCCAUGAGUUAAAGAUAAAAGAACAAAACUAAAAAUUUCAAAUCUAACAAUUCAGAAAAUUGAGGCAGUAAAUGACCUCUUCUAUGUUUUACAAUAUUUUCAUGUUAUUUACAGUUAAUGCUGAAAUAAUUUUCAAGUGCAGGAAUAUAAAUGUUAAGUGGUUUUAUGAUUCCAAGCUGAUAUACUUCACCUGUUAAAAAUUAUGCUGCUAAAUUAGCAUUAGAGGCCUUAUGUUUGGUAAUUACAAGUGUCUGGGCUAUUAUGCGUCUCUAUAUAUGUGUGUGCUUUGUUCCAGUUUCUUCAAAUUAUCUAUGUAUAAUUGUAUGAAAUAUUUAAAUAGCAAAGAAGUCAAAGAAGAUUGUUAAAUAUCCAACAAGAAUCAUAAAUACCUUUAUAUGUAUUUAAAAAGUAUUGGGCUGUUCUGAACAUGAUGAUGCUGGUCUGUCUGCCUUUUAGCCUGACUCCUUCACUCUUGUGUGUGAAGUCUAUUAGAAACUUUCAAUAAGCUAAGCAAUGUUGUAUCUUGCAAAAAAGCCUCCACUCUGAGAAACAGGGCCUUAUAGAGUAGGAAUGUUUUCAUACUGGGACUACUGAAAUUUUGCAGAUGUGUGCAUCUGUUCCAUUUAAGGUGCCCUUAAAUGUGUUGAAUGUAAUGUGUUAAAUGUUUAUGUGUAAUGGCUAAAGUAUCUAUAUGUAUGUGCAUAAAACUGUCACAAGAUGUAUUCUCAGGAAUACUGUUACCUGGAGUUUGAAAGGAAUAACUAUUAAAAAAAAAGUUGGGGACGAUUAGAAAAAAGUUCAAGAUAAAUGUUCAAAAUAUUAUUAAGUACAUGACUAAAAGCUAAUUACUACAUAUGAUAAAUGCAGUGUUGGUAAUAGUAGAUCAUUUCUUAAGCCAUGAUACUUAAUGAUAUUUAUCUUAUUCAGAGGAAAAACAAAAAAGGUACCCACUUCCCAUGUAGAAAAAAUUAGACUCAACAAAGCGGUUGCUUCUUCUGAAAUUAGCUUUUGAGAGACCUUGGAGUAAACUAUGUGUUAUCCAUGAUAGUAUGACUCAGAUCCAAUUAAAACAGUUUAAAUUCUGGAUAAAGGAUCUCCUAUAGCAAAACAUUUUACUUUCAUUUUUCAGUAUUUGCUGCUUUCUAGAAUUCUAUUAGAUAAGCUAUGUCAUUUUUCUGAAAAACAAACUGAGUUAUUGAGUGUAUUAAGACAAGGCACUGAGAACUACAGUGUCAAAAUCAAAAGGCAUAAAUGGGCAUGGCAGUGCUGGUGGAAAAAUCUGUGGUACUGGUGAUCUGGUUAGGGUCUGUUGCACAGGCUGGGAGUAACUGGUUUGCUGUUUCAAGCCUCCAAGAGUACCUUAAACAAGGUGAUAGCUCCUCUCUUCUUCAGCAUUAUAUUCCUUUAGUCAACAAAGAACUUUCUCCACUCUGCUGCCCAGCUCUGAGAGUAUCUGAGAUGAGAAUAGGAUGUGUGUGGAGGGGCCUUUAGGGAAGAAAGGGUCAUAAAUGAAUAGAAUUACAGUCUGAAACAUGAAUUAAAUAUCCUUCCUCAAGUUAUAAAGGAUACUUUAAUAGAACACAGUCUCCAGAAUUUGCUGCUAUCACACCAAGUCAUGCUGUUGCCCUGUGACCUCACACUUCCAAUUCCAUGGCCUUGUGUUGGCAGGGAGUAAAAAAUCCCACUUCUUUUUACUUUAGUGGGUCUCAACUGCAGCAUUUCAGAAACAAAUUUUGAUUUGACACUCAGGAGAAUAAAAACAAGUUGAGGGCAGAAUGUAUUUGGAAAAGCUUACGACAAAUUUACUUAUAUUAUUUUACGAUCAUUUAGGAUUACAGAUCAAUUUACCUCCAUAAAUCUUUGAAUAGUCACUGUGACCACAGGAUGAAAAUCCUUUAUUAGCCAUUUUAUAGGUUAAAACAAAAAAUCGACUACACAGCCGACUUCCCUCAGAUAACUAUGAAGUCUAUUAUGAGUACUGAAUGACCAAAGAACAUGGAAAAAAUACAUAUGAAUAAAUACUGAAAUGUUUAUGAAAGAUAUUUAUGAAAGAUAUUAAGACUUCUGUGUUUAGGUAUGCACAUAUAAUAAAAUAAAUCUAAAAACAUUUAAGAUGCCUAAGUUUCAUUUCUUAAUGUAGGUAAUAGGUUGACUCAUUCAGGAAGAUGUUCAUUUUGGAUUCCUAGGGUAUGCCUUUCUUAAUGCCUUGCUGUCCAUCCUCAACCUCCCCAGUCUGGCCUGAGGUCACCAUCCAAUUAGACACUUCCAAUACACUCUCUGUCACCCCUCCCCACAAACUGAGCUCUACUCUACUCAUGCUUUCCAAAUCUACCUUUAAAAAAUAAAAAUAAACUUCUCUGCCCAGGCUUUGACCUACUGGAAUAACUGGUAGAUUUCCCAGUGGGAUUGUUAAAGAUCUGGUUGCCCUCACAAUGUGGCCAGAAACACGUGGUCCUGUGUCAGGAAUUGGUGGGUUAUUGGUCUCACUGACUUCAAGAAUGAAGCCACGGACCCUUACGGUGAGUGUUACGGUUCUUAAAGGCAGCGUAUCUGGAGUUUGUUCCUUCUGAUGUUCGGAUGUGUGCCGAGUUUCUUCCUUCUGGUGGGUUCGUGGUCUUGCUGGCUUCAGGAGUGAAGCUGCAGAUCUUCAGGGUGAGUGUUACAGCUCUUAAGGCGGUGAGUCUGGAGUUGUUCAUUCCUCCCGGUGGGUUCGUGGUCUCGCUGGCUUCAGGAGUGAAGCUGCAAACCUUCACAGUGAGUGUUAUAGCUCAUAAGGGCAGUGUGGACCCAAAGAGUGAGCAGUAGCAAGAUUUAGUGCAAAGAGCAAAAGAACAAAGCUACCACAGCUGGAAGGGGACCCAAGCCCGUUGCCACUGCUGGCUCAGGCAGCCUGCUUUUCUUAUCU